AUGGCUAAUCAAAGGAGUAAUGAAGCAGCCAUAAAGAAUCUAGAAAAUCAAGUGGGUCAACUUGCAAAGCAAUUGUCCGAGCAACAAACGGGGGCAUCCUUCUCCGCCAACACCCAAACCAAUCCAAAGGAACAUUGCAAAGCCAUUGUUACAAUAAGUGGGAGGAAGGUGAAUAACGGCGUGAAUGAAGAGGUUAUAGUGGAAGAUGAGGAGGAAUUAAUAGUUGAAGAGGAGGAAGUGACAAUUGAAAAUGAGGUAGAAAAGAGUGAGGAGAAGAUAGAGGAAGAAUUAGUUGAAAAAGAGCAGAAAGAAAAAGAAGAAAGAGAGAAAAAUGACAAAAAAGUGAAGAGGAAUAAAAAGAGAAAUGAGAAUAUGCUCACAAAGAAAAAGAAGUACACGGAUGAAGAGACGGUUGUGCUUGAUGCUCAUUGUAGUGCAAUUAUUCAAAAAACUCCCCCAAGAAAGGAAGCUGAUCCUGGACGAGUCAUUUUACCGAUCACCAUUGGAGGUAACUACAUUAGUAAUGCUUUGGUUGAUUUGGGGUCUAGCAUCAAUUUAAUACCUUUAUCCGUUGUCAAGAGAUUGGGGAACAUUGAGAUGAAACACACCAUGAUAACUUUGCAACUAGCCGAUAAGUCUAUAAUUUCACCAUAUGGAGUUGUACAAGACACGCUGACCACCCGAAUGAUGAUUGAUAUUGAUGAUGGGAUUAUGAAAGUGAGGGUGCAAGAUAAAGAGGUAAUUUUUACUCUUUUUGAGUCUAUGAAGCCUCCUAAGGAUGAACAUGACAACUUCCGAAUCGAUGAUGAAAAAGGAGAAAUCAUUGAGGUGGAGAAUCAAUUUCACAAGGACAAGGACAAGGUAAAUCAUGAGGGGAAAGACUCAUCACAAAAACUUUAA